AUGGACAUUCCAGCCUCUUGCUCAGCGUGUAGCUGGACCCUUGAGCGCCAGGAAGGCUGCCGAUAUGAAAGCCACGUGAAGUUAUUCUACGAAAUGAGCGACCGUGGCGUGUGGUCCUUAGGGUCGAAAUUUAUCCUGAAAGAGAGAUCCAACAGUCCUCCCAAUUUUGAAGCUGCAAAUCUCAAAUUCUUGCGCAAGGAGACUUCUAUUCCUCUACCGGAUGUUCUUGACGAUUGGACGGAGGACAAUGGACGCUACUUCCUGCUGAUGAGCCGCGUCCCUGGCGUGCCUCUGAGUAGUGUCUGGGAGAACAUGCCCGCAUCCGAGAGAGAAAAUAUCGCAAAACAGACGGCCGAUUACCUGGUGCAGCUUCGCAAGCUGCAGUCUGAGACGAUGCACGCCCUUCGUGAUCAACCGCUUUACUCUGCCUCUCUUUUCCCAACCGGCUACGGUCUUCCUCACGGCCCGUUUUCAUCUGACGAAGAACUCUGGGCGGACAUGUCGAUGGCGUUGAAGGGUGUCCCCGAGGCCGUUCGCUUGCGCCUUCGAGAACGGAUGCCCCCCGCAACACCCUACACGUUCACCCACGGCGACCUAACCUACGUCAAUAUCAUGGUCAAAAACGGCCAACUUACGGGCAUAAUCGACUGGGAAUCUUCGGGAUACUUUCCCGUCUGGUGGGAAUACACGUGCGCAGGAAUCGGCUUGGGCAGGGGGGAUAAAGAGUGGAAGACCUUGCUGCAACAGUACAUGCCUUGUCACGCCGAUGCCCGUGAAUUCUGGUUGGAUUUUUACGCCCUGACCAGGUAUCCUGAUCUGGAUGAAAGAGGCUGGAAGGUUCUGAAAGACAACGAUAAAGCAUAG